UGUUUUUCUAUAAUUGUAGUAAAUUUUCAUGGCCGCAACCAAUGGAACAGGAGCUCAGAUUCCGCCGGGGAAGCCAAUGAGUGUGGAGCAACACAUGCUGGACAAAGGGGCUCAGAUGCUGCAGUCUUUGAAGCCUAUAAAGCAUAUGAACCAGCACGUCUGCACUUUUGCCCUGUACAGCCAUGACAUGACUCGCCAGAUAGAGACUCACCACUAUGUAACUCGGGUCAAUCAGGACUUCCUCCAGUGCGCUGUUUUUGACGCCGAUGACCCCAUGGCCCACCUCAUCGGGUUGGAGUAUAUAGUAUCCGAUCGCUUAUUUGAAACUCUUCCACCGGAUGAGCAAAAACUCUGGCAUACUCAUGCCUACGAGGCAUGUACACCUUCCAUUUUAUCCAGUAAUAAAAGAUCAAGCAAAAGGGUUAAUAUAAUUUUUUAUAUGAUGCAGAUUAAAUCAGGCCUUUGGGUGAAUCCUCGAGUGCCAGAAAUGGUUGUGAGGCCUGAACUUGAAAAUCUUGCCAAGACCUAUGGAAAAUUUUGGUGCACUUGGCAGACUGAUAGGGGAGAUAAGCUUCCAAUGGGUCCGCCGGUAUUGAUGAUGUCUCCGCAGGGAACGGGUAUAGGCGUGGUGAAUCCGGUUCUAGUCCAGAACAGGGAUGACAAAUACAAUAUAUCAAGUGAUGCACUCAAAACUGCGAGAGUGGAAAUAGCAGAACCGGAGUGGCUUAACCCUCAAGCAGACUACUGGAAGCAGCACAAUGACAAGGGUUUCGCCGUCGAAAUGGAGACGACAGAGAUGAAAAAAAGGGCAUCAUUCCCUUGAGGAGAAAAGUACAAGCCUGACAGUACUACGUCUACCAGGAUGAAGAUGAACUUAGAUGAAAUAUUUUGGGGGUAUCAGUGCCUUAUAUUUUAUGCAAGUUUUGUGUCUUGUAACGUUUGAGGUAGCUGUAUACUUGGUACGAGGUAUGGGUCUAUUGUAGUUUCUAUGGGUACAUAGAGUUGUAUAUGUAUUUCUUUUGGACAAGUUUAGCUUUCUUAAUUUUGCAGUAUUGGUUCCAUUUGCGUUGAUAUCAAGACUUCGAUGAGCAUA